GCCCUCAUGCCCCGGCGAGACUGGCAGGUAGUGAUGUGGCUGAGACGCGGCGGAGCGAUCUGCGCGACGACAAAGAGACGAGAUGUUGUUAGCAGGGAGAUCCCAUUACUGAGGACGCAUGUUGUAAUAUGGUCGAAACAAAAGCGUAAGAAGCGAUAGGCCUGCCAUCCAAAAAAAAUCGACACAUUUCCUUAAAAGCCAAUCUGCUUAUUAACUUUUUAGUGGAUUUAUAGGCUACUCGCGUGGGAAAUGGAGAAGAAAAGGUGGGAUUGCACUGCUCUCCCCAAGGGCUGGAAAAUGGAAGAAGUGACCAGAAAGUCGGGUUUGUCCGCUGGAAAAAGCGAUGUCUAUUAUUUUAGUCCAUCUGGGAAGAAGUUUCGGAGCAAGCCUCAGCUGGCCCGUUACCUUGGUAACCAGAUGGACCUCAGCUCCUUUGAUUUCCGCACGGGGAAGAUGCUGAUGAGCAAGCUGAACAAGAACCGCCAGAGAUUGCGCUAUGAUAACAACAACCAGAACAAGGGCAAACCUGACUUGAACACAUCGCUCCCAGUCAGACAGACUGCCUCCAUCUUUAAGCAGCCUGUUACAAAGGUUACCAACCACCCAAACAACAAAGUGAAGACGGAUCCGCAGAAAGCAGUUGACCAACCCAGACAGCUAUUUUGGGAGAAGAAACUCAGCGGUCUUAAUGCUUACGACAUCGCAGAGGAGCUUGUGAAAACAAUGGAACUGCCUAAAGGACUGCAAGGUGUUGGUCCAGGCUGCACAGACAAGACUCUCCUGUCGGCUAUUGCGAGCGCUCUGCACACCAGUGCCGCUCCCAUCACGGGCCAGCUGUCUGCGGCCGUGGAGAAGAACCCAGGAGUGUGGCUUAACACGGCUCAGCCGCUGUGCAAGGCCUUCAUCGUCACUGAUGAGGACAUCAGGAAACAGGAGGAGCUGGUGUACAGUGUGAGGAAAAGGCUGGAAGAGGCACUGAUGGCUGAUAUGUUGGCCCACGUCGAGGAGGCUGCGAACGAAGGAGAGGCUCUGAAGGAGGAAGGCAACGGCAGUGAAGAUAUGGAGAGCGUAUAGCACAGGGUUUUGUGAAGUCCGGAUUGGGUUUGUUCAACGCCUGCACACACACACAGGCUCAUGAACAGUAGGAGCCCUGCAGCAGUCCAGCCCUGAUGAGCUGUCCCCUUGUAUCCGCGUCCAACUUAAACCUUAACCUGACUUACACUGGUCCCGUUCAACCUAAAAGAACUGUCUUCCCCUUGGGAACUUUGGAGUCUCAAAUGUGUCUGUUCAUCAUUAGGUCCACUGGAUGGGACUCCUCGACUUCAACUCCAAUUAAGUCACUUGAUGUGUUUCUGAGCUCAGUUGAUUUUUCACUAGGACAUUUUAAAAUAUUUAAAAAAGAAAUGACAUUAAAUGAACUUGCAAAUAUUAAAAAAUAACUUAUCUACAGUUUGUCAAAUUUAGUGUUCGAUGAUGAGCGUAUUUUUUACUAAAAGGCUUUGAAUGGGUAUGUAUUUUUGUGACAAUCAUGUCAAAUCCAAACAUUUUAUGUCAGAAGAAAGUUCGAUCUGGGUGCUUUUUCUUUUGUUUUGGGCAGAUUGGAAAUGAAUGUUUUGUAUUUUCGACAUGUCUCUUGAAUUUUAUGAUGCACUCCAUGAGUAGACACUAAACACAGACCAUCUUUUCUAGUGAUGUUACUAAUACAGAUGGCGUAGUUUGAAUCCCGUUUACAUUGGUUGGAGUGGGGACGGAGUCAAGUUUUUCUUGCUGUACUAUUGUCUAUAAUGUCAGGUGUGUUAUCCUGAGUCAGUAUUGACCAAAGAGGAGACAUGUCAUUUUAAAGAGGGUGUAGGUUGACUUGCGUGUAACUUAAAAAGUUUUCUUUGUAUUUUACCGUAAACGAUUAUAUUGGCACUGCUGUUGUACAGCUAAAAAUAAGGACAGUAAAAGGUACACGAGGGGGCUGAGCACAAUGGGAAAGACAUGACUUGAAACCUCUUUCUGUAAUAUUUUUAUUACUGUUUUUAACUCAUCAUCAUCAUAGGUGCUUACUGGUGUUGUGAAACAUUGCUGUUUAGUGCCAAGGCUUUGUUUCUGUCACAGCUUCAGUCCACUUUUCUCUUCUUUUUUAUGUGUCAAUGUUACCACACACAUGCUGCCUCCUCCUAUACCCACGCACAAAAUUGGUGACACAGCAAAUUAGUUAAGAAAUAGUUUUAAAGUCAUUUCAUUUAUUAUCUGAGGAAUAAUUAUUUUGUAUUUUUUUGUUUGUUUGUCAAGGUUUGAUGGUGAAUAAUGUAUCCAGCCCACAUCAUGAAAUUCCCUUCUCAAUAUCAGCAGGCUGAUUGCUGAAAUGAAUUUGAUUGUAUUGCUUAUUAAAAUGAGUCCGUAUGUCAAUAA